AUGGGGCAAGCGCCAAGCUCCCCGUUGGCCGACUGCCUGAAUGCCGUCUGCAACGGCCGCGAUGACUGCGUUGCAUAUCCCAACAACCCGCUCUAUCAGAUAUCCUGGGUAAAUCGAUACAACCUCGAUAUAGACGUGGAGCCCAUUGCGGUAACGAGGCCAGAGACCGCCGACGAUGUCUCGGGCUUUGUCAAGUGCGCUGCUGCAAACAACGUCAAGGUCCAACCCAAGUCCGGUGGCCAUUCUUAUGCGAACUAUGGUGUCGGUGGAGUUGAUGGCGCCUUGGUCGUCGACCUCAUGAAGUUUACAGAUUUCUCUGUGGACACUAACAGCUGGCAAGCCACAUUCGGCGGCGGCACAAAGCUUUCGGACGUGACGGACAAGUUACACAACAACGGCAAGAGAGCCAUAUCGCACGGAACAUGCCCCGGAGUCGGCAUUGGAGGACAUGCAACCAUUGGAGGACUUGGGCCCUCAUCCCGAAUGUGGGGAUCUUGCUUAGAUCACGUUAUGGAAGUUGAGGUGGUGACGGCGGACGGGUCUAUCAAGCGGGCGAGUCAGUCUGAGAAUAAUGACCUCUUCUUCGCCUUGAAAGGGGCGGGUGCAGGGUUCGGUAUCGUCACUGAAUUUGUUAUGAAAACGCAUCCAGAGCCCGGGAACGUUAUUCAGUACUCGUUCUCCAUCACGCUAGGCAAGCACGCCGAUAUGGUCGACGUCUUCAAACAAUGGCAGGAUCUCGUCUCGGACCCAAACCUCGACCGAAGAUUUGGCACCGAGUUCGUCGCGCACGAACUUGGAGUCAUCAUCACUGCUACCUUCUAUGGGACAGAAGACGAAUGGGACGCAACUCGUAUAGCAGACAGGAUCCCGACAGGUAAAGUGUCUGUCGUUGUCGACGACUGGCUCGCCGUCAUCGCUCAACAGGCCGAGGAUGCUGGACUUUACCUCUCAGACAUUCGCAGUUCCUUCACGGCACGCAGCCUGGCCUUUCGGAAGGAUGAGCUGCUUUCCGAGGACACCAUCACCAAGGUGAUGAACUAUCUGGACGAUACGGACCGCGGCACCUUCAUCUGGUUCUUGAUAUUCGACGCUACUGGGGGUGCCAUCAACGAUGUCCCAAUGAAUGCCACUGCAUAUUCUCACCGGGACAAGGUCAUGUUCUGUCAAGGGUAUGGCAUCGGCAUGCCCAUCUUGACGCAGGCCACAAAAGACUUCUUGACCGGCAUCAUCGAUACGAUCCAAGGCGCAACCGAUCAAACCUUGACGACGUAUCCUGGCUAUGUCGACCCUGCCUUAACGAACGCACAGGAAUUAUAUUGGGGCCCAAAUCUCAACACGCUGGGGACGAUCAAAACAAAGUACGACCCCAACGACGUAUUUCACAAUCCGCAGAGCGUAAAAGUGGGAGAAGAGGACCAGACCUCAUCGGCGUCCAGGAACCGGAUCAAGUCUUAA